AUGCCUGAACCAGUCAAAUCUGCUCCAGUCCCUAAAAAAGGCUCCAAGAAGGCCAUUAACAAGGCUCAGAAGAAGGAUGGAAAGAAGCGCAAACGCAGCCGCAAGGAGAGCUACUCCGUGUAUGUGUACAAGGUGCUGAAGCAGGUCCACCCCGACACCGGCAUCUCCUCCAAGGCUAUGGGAAUCAUGAACUCCUUCGUCAACGACAUCUUUGAGCGUAUCGCCGGAGAAGCGUCACGCCUGGCGCAUUACAACAAGCGCUCGACCAUCACUUCGAGGGAGAUCCAGACGGCCGUGCGCCUACUGCUACCCGGGGAGCUGGCCAAGCACGCCGUGUCCGAGGGCACCAAGGCCGUCACCAAGUAUACCAGCUCCAAGUGA